UGUUCAAAAUUAAUACUACGUUUAACAUAACCCGCGCGCGUAGGUUUCGGCGAAAUCGUCGUUUUGAAAAAACAAACAAAUCCGGAUUUUGAAAAGUCGUUCCGGUUUGGUUUUUUAUUUAGCGAUUGAAUUCUAUAUCUCGUAUGAGGGAAAAAACGUGUUUUCAACAGAUUACACGAAGAAAAAUGGGUGUCUAUACAACUAUUAAAGUUAAAGAAACGUUUAAAAAUGGAUUGAACAGAACCAUAAUGGAUCACUAUAUGAUCGAAGUGGAAGAUAAAAUAUCAUUUCGAGAAUGUUUUAUGUCUGUCGUGAAGUCGCAGAGUCUGGGUUCUUCGUUGUUUCUGCACAGAUUAGACCCACCUUCGCCCAAAGACGAGGUUUGUUGUUUUAUAUCUAAAAUGAAAGACAAAGCCGAAAUACGAGUGAGCCCAACUCUAUGCAUUAAGGCAGCAUUAGAGGCCCACAGCUGCAAUUUUCUGACAUUUGAUAUAGUUAGGAAUGAUGCUAUCACAACCACAAGUGAAUCCAAUUCGAAUGCAUUUGACGUUCUAAUGAAAAAUGCAAGAUCACAAGCUAAAGCAUCACGCUUUUAUCCAUUGAAAUAUGCCAAUCCACAAAGGGGUGACUGGAUAUUGUUCAAUGAUAUUUCUAGUCUACUUGAAAAGGAAGGGGCAUAUUUUAAUGCUGGCCAAGAACUUGUGGCUAGGAAAAUUGCUAAUCAAAUCAGCAACAGCAUAUAUUACAUUUUGCCACAUCUUUCAAAACUGAAAACAAGGAGAUAUGACUUUCCAAAGCUCUUUUUAGAGAAUUUAAAAAUUGGGGAGAAUGAAUCCCAACCAUAUAAUGACCCCACCAGUCAUAAACACAAGACUCCACAUCUGUCAUCAAACACCUUAAAGCAAUAUGCUGAUGAAUUAUUUGGGAUACUCACAGAGCCUGUCUUUAUAACUGAAAGGUUUAAUUCUUUAAAACAGAAUGUUACCCAAUUAGCCAAAAUAUUUAUCAAAUACUCACAAUAUAUUGAUUCAUGUAAUGAAGCCAUGAACCAAAAUCAUUCUGCCCUUGAACCUCUUAGAUCAACAAAUGAUGGUUCUUCGUCUGCUUUUCAAAUGAAACCAGGCAAUGCUCUUAGAAUGCCAGUUACUAUUGAUCGUUACAAGUCACUUGAACUUAAAUUGAGUUCUCUUCCAUUUUAUGAGCCCCUACUUGUGAAUGACUUUGCCCCUGUCAAUGGACAGAAAAGGUACAGAUACAUUCUAGCGCUAUCUCUGCCCUACCAAACUGAAACAUACAGUUAUAGUGCAGGAAAUUAUGUUGGCACAUCUCAUUUUGUUUGGCGUACACCUCCAUGUGCAGAUUUUAAUGCCUCAAAGCAAGUCAUGUCAAAUAUAGACAAGCAGAUACCUAUGUACCAUACUAGAAUGAUGCGUAGAGAGUUUCAGUCCAGAUUUGAAGGUCUAGUCAGUACAAAGCCAGUAGUAAUGCAAGAAAUGUAUCGCUUCCUUACUGGGGAUAGUUCACAGGUUGUUAAUGAUAUCUCAAAGGAAGUAAAGGCUAGGUUAGAUAUUCUCCUUCAAACUGGUGACUCUGAGAACUUAGUAGAUCUCCGUGAGUUAAAUAAGGGCAAACCUGUGAAAUUUGACACCUUUUUUGAUUGUGUACAGGCUUUUAUCAAUAGAAAUGCAUUGGAAGCAGUUGAUGAGAGAAGGCAUGAACAGCACACUCACAUGGCCUUGGCAAUUUCUGUUCAUGAUCUUCGAGAACAAGUAUCAAAAGACUUACCAGAAGGUACAGCUAUUCCCAGUGAGAACUAUUUGAGGCUUCAAUUUUGGCCAACCAAUCCUUAUUUUAAAUCUGCCAUCUAUUAUACUGGGAAGUUCAAUGUGAAAUACAUGGUUCAAUCACGACAGUUGCGCUCUCAGCAUGUAGAUUCCCACUAUGCAGCUGCAAGCUUUAAGUAUCUGAGGGAGUUCUGUAUAAAAUUUCAGCCUUUCUGUACAUUUUUGUCACUUGACGACAAACAUCAAAUAAAAGUAGGUGAACCUGGCUACCCUGUUGCUGCUGUGGAAAGGGGCCGUCAAGUUUUAGUUUCCAAAGACCAAGCCUUUUCUGUUGGUGACCAUGAUUUCACAAAAUUCAAGAUAACACCAUCUGUUGCAUUUAAGAUUCAGAUACCUGAUUCCAUAGAUAAAUCAUUCUAUGAUGGCCAUGUAUAUGUAACUUUGAAGAAUACUAUUCUUCAACCAAGUUCACCUAUGAGACACAUGGUCGAGAUUAGUCAGAUUAUUAAAGAUCAGGGAAAUCCUAUAUUGGUGGUGUUUAGUGAUGGUGGAGGUGAUCACAGGCUCACAUUUGUAUCAGUACAGUUAGGAUUUUUGAGUCUCUUCAUAAAAUACAAAUUGUCACACAUUGUUGCUGGUAGAUGUGCUCCCUGUCAGAGUUACAUAGAUCCUGUUGAAAGGGUUAUGUCUGUCUUGAACUUGGGUUUGCAGUCAGUAGGCGUCAUGCGCCAAGAAAUGCAAAGGGGGUUUGAAAAGCAAAUCAGUGGUUUAAAUACAAUGGCAGACAUUAGAAACAAGGUAAUGAAAGAUGGUGCUCUCAAGAAUGAAAUUGAUUCUUGUAUCAAACCUGUAACUGAUUUGCUUGGGAGUACACUUGGUAGACUGAGCUGGAAAGGAAAACAGAUUAACAUUCAUGAAGCAGCCUCUGAAGCUGAAAUUGAUGCAAUGUUUGAUACACUUAAGAAUCUUGAGCCAAAUUUUGACAAAAAGAACAUGCAACAGAAACACCUCAAAAACUAUCCAGUUCUUCAGAAGUUCCUUGAAACUCAUUGUCAGAGGCACCAUUACUUGUUCACCAUGAAAAGGUGCAGAGAACGAGAUUGUGCAGUCUGUAAUAUCGCAGGUGAUGAGAUUAUACCUGUUGAUCUUUUGGAGUCCCUCCACAAGUUUCCUCUUCCUGUUCCUGAUGAUGGUGACAAUGCAGAUCAUUACAAGUCUUUUGAGCAGGUUUGGGGUUCAGUUCCUACAGAGAAGUAUAGGCCAAGUCUGGGAAGACAGUUGGAUGAAAGUCAGGAGCUGGCUGUUCCAUUCACUGUCUCUGGUGAAAACUGCAGGGGUUUCAUCAAAUGUGAAGUGUGCCUAAAACCACGAUGUUACUAUGCACAGAAGAAACCUACAGAAAAUGAGGUUGCUGAAGUGGAGGAGAGGAAGGAAGAUGUUGAAUACACUUGUGGGGGGCAGAUUUUCCAAGAGCCAUGUCUUGUAUAUGUAGAAGUUAAGAUAACCUGUGAGUCACAUAUUGCCAGCAAUUAUUUCCAUAAAAGGAAAAGUUUUCCCUUGGUAUGUUUUGUUUGCGGGAAUCAAAAUCCAAUGGACAUUCCACUUGAUGUCAUCGCAAGCCACUCUUCCGCUCAUCCUGUCUGCAUGAUGUGCUCCCAGAUGGGAUACAAACCAAGAUUGAGGAAAAAAUCUCUGCUUGGAAAACGCAAAAAUUGACUUGGGAUAAAUUUGCAAUGUGUACUAUUUCAAAGUGUUCAUGUAAUAUUAACUGAACCGGUGUAUUUCAUUAAAUACAUGGCUGUUUGAAAUUUUUGUUUGUUUAUUUUUUUCCUCCCUCCCUCGUAGGUUUUAAAUUUUCAUGUUAUGUUAAACGUAGAAUUAAUUUUA